AUGAGAUGUAUCAUAAUACUGUUUACUCCUUUUUUUCUGCUUCUGGAAAUUAUCGUUUGGGAGUGUGGUAGAGCAAAUGGUUAUAAAAUUGAAGCACAAAGCAUGUACAGCAAUGCAGGAACGCUUAGGGAUAGUGAUCUUCUCAGUAGAGAAAUUCAAAAACGUGCUAGUGGAUUGAUGAAUCAACCGAUGGCUGUGAAUAUUAUGGCAUCGCCAAUUAGCUUUAAUUAUAAUCAAGCUAUUCCUGGGAGAAUUGCUCAACCGGGGAUAAGCGGUUAUGGGAGAGAUGGUAAUAUGAUAGGUCAUGCAGGUGCGUCAGCGGUAGUAGAUUUUAACCCAGCUCUUCUUCGUGGAUAUCGCGGGCAACCAGGCAUCAAAAUUCGUAUCAAUCGGCGUUCUUUCCAAUAUGCAACUACAUUAGCACAGAUAAUUCUUAAUCGUGAAAUUGUAAAAUUUGAAAUACCGGAUAUAACUCAAAAUAUUAAAGAGUUUUACCUUGAAGUAACGAUAUGUAAUAUUUAUAUUUCAAAUUAUCGACAACCUGAAUGUUUGGUUAUUUUUCCAGCACCACCAAAUCAAAUUGUUUUUACUGUAAAUGACUUCGAUAUCGGACUGGCUGGUAACUUAGAUGGUGUCAUCAAUGCCAUAUUUCCAAUUCAGAUUUUUGGAAUUGUUCAUGUUAAUUUCUAUCAUAUGUCGGUUAGCAUAACAUUAAAAGUAAUACGUUCGAUAUAUGGGACACCUCAAGUAGUCGUCUGUGGUUGUGCGGUAGAAAUACCAUAUGCUGAUGUGUGUAUUGAAAAUGGUGGCUUAUUAGGUGAAAUUGCAAAUUUAUUUUUUCGGAAAACUAUUUCUGAACGGGUACGUUCUAUUGCACCAAAUGCCAUUUGUGGAAUGUUGCCAACAGUAAUCAAUGAACGGAUUAAUCCUAUAUUAGCUCGCAUACCACAAUCAAUUUCAUUUAUGCAAAUAAUAAACUUAUUCAAAGGACUUCUCGGAGGAUCAAAACCAGCUCAUUGUUAUUCACCACAAUGCCAAGCACGUUUAUCGGUGGCAAAAUUACCACCAAGCUCUAGAGGUAUUGGUGUUUCGCCACCAAGAAAUCCACCGCCACUACCACUAUCGCCAUCAUCACCAACAUUCACGAUGGCAAAAUUACCACCAGGCUCUAAAGUGAUUGAUGCUUCGCCGCCAAGAAAUCCACCACCACUGCCAUUAUCGCCAUCAUCACCAACACCCACGGUGGCAAAAAUACCACCAAAUUCUAGGGGUAUUGAUGCUUUGCCGCCUAGAAAUCCGCCGCUACUUCCACUACCGCCAUUAUCAUCAACAUCCAAGCAAAAUGCCAACAGAGUUGCAAGUUCUAAAACUAGUAUUGCCAAGAUUGCAGCUUCUGUUCCAACUCAUGUAGCUGCACAGCAAGUGCAACCAAAGUUUCGAAACAAUAUUAAAGAGAAAGAAAAGAAAACGGAAUCAUUUGGAACCGUUACCAAUAAUGGUGAAAUAGUUGGUAAUGGAACUUCAACUAUCAAAGAAAAGAGUAGCAGUAAUGGAUUAGUGACAAAAAGUAAUGCGCAAUAUUACAAUCAAUCAACCCAAUCAACUCAAAGGAUUCUCAGUAUUGUUGCGCAUCCUUUUGCAAGAACAAAAUCAGAAAUGGAAGAAUUAGAAAGUUUGUUAUCGGACAUACGAAAAGAUAUUAUAAAUUUGUCAAGAACUGUCCAAUCAUCAUCCAUGCAACAAUCACAACAAACUGCAACGCUUCGUUUGUCACCGGAAAAAUUGUAUCAACAGCAGCAACAGCAGCAGCAGAAUCAACAGCGAUUAUCGCAGCAGCAGAAUCAACAACAAUUAUCGCAACAGCAGAAUCAACAACCAUUAUCGCAACAGCAGAAUCAACAACAAUUAUCGCAACAGCAGAAUCAACAACCAUUAUCGCAACAGCAGAAUCAACAACCAUUAUCGCAACAGCAGAAUCAACAACGAUUAUCGCAACAGCAGAAUCAACAGCAAUUGUCGCAACAGCAGAAUCAACAACGAUUAUCGCAACAGCAGAAUCAACAACGAUUAUCACAACAGCAGAAUCAACAACGAUUAUCGCAACAGCAGGAGCAAAAAACCGCUCAGAAAUUACUUCGUCAUUCAUCCGCAAAGCCUUUAGUGCACAAUUCAAAAAUAAUCGCAACUUCUAAUCAAUUGAACAGCAGAAAACCAUCAGAUCAAUUUAACAGAGCAGCAUCGGUAGUAUCGUUUGCUGUACCACUUGCUAAAGGAUUUGAUAAAAUUUCUGGUGAUUUCAAAUUACGUGCCGAAUCUGUUGGUGGAGUUAAUGAUUUCAGAGGGAAGAUUAAUGAUCCAUGUGCUGGAUGUACACCUGACGAUUCAUUUGAUGCUUUUCGCAAUCUUAUCAUACAGCAGCUCGAUCUGAGGAAAGUGGCAAAUCUCUUUUUAACGACCCAAUUGCUACAAUCUCAUGCAACAUUCUAUGAUUAUAGCUUAGACUUAAAUGGUGAAUUCAGUCCUAAUGGACGUGGUGGCACUCCAUUUGGCCCAUUCCCAAUGCAAUGGCCUAUAUCAGUUGGAUCAUCAAUGAUUGAAAUUCUAAUUAGCGAUUUCACCAUCAACUCUCUUUUAUAUUGGAUACAUAAGAGUAACUUCUUCUCAUUUCGUAUAGGACCAGAAGCACCCGGUAUUGGAACAUUAUUAACAACAGGAUGCGAUAUCAGCAAUGAUAAUUUUUCAGAAGAAAACGAAAACGAAUCACUAUUUAUUCGCUUGUUACGUUUGACUGAACGUCGUCAUCGUUACUAUCAUUAUCAUCAGAAACGUAGCAAGCGUCAAAUGAUUACGGGUGGUGAUUCAAGUCUAGGAAAUCUAGCUGAUCUUGGUAUUUGUCUGGGUGAUAUUUUACCAGCUGUCAAAGAGGAAUAUCCGAACAGUACAUUAGCCCUUUUUAUACAUUCAGCGCGAGCACCUUCAAUUAUAAUUAGCAGACGCGGUGGAGGCAGUAUACAAAUAGAUUUGACAGCAUUUAUUGACAUCUAUUUGGAUAGAACAAACGUACGAGUUGGUACGAUAACAGUGAUAGCAGUUGGUGAUAUAAUGCUUCGAAUAACAGGUCAACGAAUCAGUGGUAAUGCAACAUUACCGAUUUUCAAAUUACUGGAUCGAGAUCAAACAUUGGGCUUGUCACAGGAUGCACUUGAUAAUUUGGCUAGCUUAGCCAAGGAUAUCAUUUUAAAGGGAAUCAAUCAACAGCUCAACAGAGGUAUGGAAAUAUCACUUCCAACAUCAACUCUUCCGUUAAAUAUAAUUAGUCCACGUAUUGCAAUACUUGAACACUCUAUUCAUAUUGCUAGCGAUUUCACAGCAUCGUCAUCAGCACUAUCAAUGCUUUCAUAG